AUGCGACUGGUGAAACUGCUGAGCAAGGAGGAGUCGAUCAGAAAGCUGCUCUGGACAUUCAUCAAGUCUCUUCAGGCAUUGCCCUACGUCGCCCUGCUGAUUGCAAUGCUCUUCUUCAUCUACGCCGUAAUCGGCAUGCAACUGUUCGGCAAAGUCAGCUUGGACCAACCGGGUCAAGAGCCGGGACAAGAUGGGGUCAUCCAUCGGAGCAACAAUUUCCGCAACUUCUUCUUUGCCCUCCUGGUGCUUUUCAGGUGGGUUUGUGUGUGCUAA